GUCUUCAGCCUCCACUGUUCGUCUUGCCCAUCGCCAGCUGUGCAUGAUGCUGCCCCACUCAGUCUAAUUUGUAUGAAUUUGCACGCACACCAGAUGUGUCGGCAAUUGAGAGCUUUCGAAUCGCCUAUGUCUGUGAUGUUUUGAUGGACAAGGCCCAAAUACGCCCUCUUCCCCAGCGAAGAGGGUCGGCUGUGUCGAGCAUUUCCUCUUUUCUGGUGUGAUACAACGCCAGAUCUUACACAUCUGCAAGUUCUCAGACGCGCUGCGUGAGAACCAUCCCAAACGGGUCAAUAUGCGUGCUUGCACUUCUGUCACGCUGCUGCUCUCUUUCAUUGGUUCGCUCGUCGAGGCGACUACUUGCUCACAAGGGGCUACAGACUAUGAUUUUAUCAUUGUCGGUGGGGGCACCGCAGGCCUUGCCGUUGCGUCUCGCUUGAAUCAACGACUUCCCCAUCAAUGCACACUAAUAAUCGAAGCUGGACCUGAUGCUGCCUCAGAACCCCGGAUCAACAUUCCCGGAUAUAGAGGCUCCACCAUAGGCACUGUCUACGACUGGAACUUCACUGUAACCCCUCAACCCGGACUGAAUGACAGAGCCAUCGCCCACCCGCGAGGAAAAGUGCUCGGUGGCAGUUCUGCUCUGAAUCUUAUGACAUGGGACCGUGCAAGCGUCGCCGAAUUCGAUGCCUGGGAAGAGCUCGGAAACCCAGGGUGGAACUGGGAGUCGAUGUACGCCGCGAUGCUCGACGUCGAGACAUUCAAUCGCACGUUUCUGGGACCCGGACGGUAUGGCGACGAAGGGAUGGGCGACUCAGGCCCGAUUGACACUUUCAUCAAUGAGCAAGUGCCCAUCCAGCAACAAGCCUGGAUCCCAGCCAUGGAAUCGCUUGGCAUAUCGCAGAAUCUCGAGUCUCUGAAUGGCAACCCCUUGGGCGUCAUGUACCAGCCAAGCAACAUCGACCGCUCAACAUACACACGCUCGUACAGCACAUCCUACCUGCCUCUUGCCAACGCAAACCUGCACAUCCUCACAAACACCACCGUCGCUAAAGUCCUCCUCUCCUCACCAGGCACAUCCAACACACCUACCGCAACCGGUGUCCUCACAACCACCAAUCUCACCUUCACAGCACGCAAAGAGAUCAUCCUCGCCGCCGGCUCCUUCAAAUCCCCUCACCUUCUCGAACUCUCCGGCAUCGGCAACACGUCAAUCCUCACAUCCGCCGGCAUCAAACCCAUCGUCUCCCUCCCGGGCGUCGGCGAAAACCUCCAGGACCACAUCCGCAUCCAGAACUCCUACGAGCUGAAGCCAAACUACACAGGCACCGACAUACUGCGCUUCAACAGCACACGCGCCGCCGAAGAACUCACCAAGUACUACGCCGGCGAACCAAGCCUAUACCGCUACACCGGCAGCUCAUACGCCUUCCUCACCUGGGAGGACGUGCUCUCCUCAAACUCCUCCUCCCCAACCUCCCCUGCAAACUUCACCUCCCUCACACCCGCAGACAUCACCGACCUCGCUCGCUCCUCCACCGACCAAUCCCCCGCCAGCCGCACCAAGCUCUCCUACCUCACCGACCCGCAUCUCCGCGCCUCCACCCCACAACUCGAGCUAAUCUUCUCCGACGGCUACACCGGCGCCGUGCCCUACCCAGCGCCCAGCAGCGCAGACUACGGCAAGCAAUUCGUGACCAUCAUAGCAAGCAUCAUGCACCCCUUUGCGCGCGGCAGCGUGCACGUAAACACUACCAGCCCCUCAUCCAGCACGCCGUCGUCGUCGUCGUCGUCCACACCAGCAAACCCGGUCAUAAACCCGCAAUACCUAUCCAACGCAUACGAUCUCACGGCCGCGACGCUAGCGAGUCGGUAUAUGCGGUAUAUUGCGUCGACGGCGCCCAUAGCGGCGGUCUGGCAGGCGGAGUUUUAUCCGGGGAGUGGCGUGCAGACGGAUGCGCAGUGGGAGACGUAUGUGAGGCAGAAUACGGGCACGAUUUACCAUCCCGUGGGGACGUGUGCGAUGCUACCGAGGGGGGACGGAGGGGUUGUGGAUAGUGAGUUGAGGGUGUAUGGGGUGGAAGGGUUGAGGGUCGUGGAUGCGAGUGUGAUGCCGGUGCUGUUGAGUGCGCAUGUGCAGACGGCGGUGUAUGGGAUUGCGGAGAGAGCGGCUGGGAUUAUUGCUGCGAAGUGGAGUGGUGGGGAUUGAGUCUUUGGAUGCGUGAGAUGGAUAUGUGGUGAUAAUGGAAUGGGGGUUGAGGUGGAAGGUCGUUCAGCGAGGUGACUUCGUAUGGCGCAGCUUCAUACUUAUG